UCGAUCAAAAGUCCGGAUGGCCGGUAUAAAGAAAGAGUCAAUCGUCUGGGAUGCUUGUCAACGACGAAGGACAGCAAUCAUUGCUAUUUUCGAUCAAAAAGACCCCUAAACCCUCAGCGUUACCACAAUGGCACAAGCUCAGCCUUCGACACACCGUGCAGCCGUGCUGCGCGGUGCCAAGGCGCUCGCAUUUGAACAAAUAGAGACACCAACCCUCCAGCCACACGAAGUGUCCAUCGCACCUCGCGCAACUGGCCUUUGUGGAACGGAUCUUCAUUACUACCAGAACGGUCGCAAUGGCAUCUACACAGUGAAGGAGCCCCUUGUGCUUGGACAUGAAGCCUCUGGGGAGAUCGUCGCCGUCGGCUCCGGCGUAACCGACUUCAAGAUUGGCGACCGCGUUGUUCUCGAGCCCCAGCUGGCCUGCCAGGAGUGCCAGAAGUGCCGCUCAGGACGCUACAACCUGUGCAAAUCGAUGCGAUUCAACGGCUCGGCAAGCGCAGACCCUCCCGUUCAGGGCUCGCUGCAGCGAGCGCUGAACCACCCGGCUUCUCUGGUCUACCAUCUGCCAGACAAGCUGAGCUUCAAUGAAGGUGCACUCGUUGAGCCCUUGUCCGUGGCGCUGCACUCGGUCCGCAAGGGCCGCCUCGACGCCGGCCAGACGGUCUUGAUCACGGGAGCGGGCGCCGUGGGCUUGCUGUGCGCGCGCAUGGCCAGGAUAUCCGGGGCCGUGUCCGUCACCAUGGUCGACGUCGACGCCGACAGGCUACGAUUCGCAAGGGAGCACGGGCUUGCCAACGCAACCGUGCAGAUUCCUUUCAACACGCAGGAGGGCGAGUCGGCCGGCGACUUCAUUGCGCGCAUGACGGACAACGUGCGCAACGAGCACGCCGGAGAAGCCGAUCUGGCGCUCGAGUGCACGGGCAUCGAGUCGUGCUUGAACAUCUGCAUCGGGUCCGUGGGUGCGGGGGCGAAGAUUGUGGUCGUGGGGAUGGGUGCGCCGCGACAGGAGCUGAAUCUGGGCUUGGCGCUAGUCAGGGAGAUUGAGAUUCUGCCCAUCUGGAGGUACACAAACACGUUCCAGCCGGCGAUUGAUUUGAUCGCUGCCGGCAUAGUGGAUGUCAAGCCUAUGAUCACGCACACGUUUGACGUGGAGAAGGUAGUAGAUGCGCUGGAGUUCUCGCUGUCCAGACCGGCAAACCUCAUCAAAUGCGUUGUUACUUCGAAAUAG